CUUCGCCACUAUCUGGCCAUUAGUUCCAUCUCCGGAGCAAGCAACAAUUACAGUAAAGAAAUUAGAACUUCACAGAAGAAGAAAGAAGGAAGCAACAGAGACAAAGAGAGCAUGAGAGGAAGAGGAAGACAAGGAAUAGCAGGUAAUAAUAAUAACAAUCAUAGUAAUAUAGGAGGAUUCCACACCGAUCUCCUCGUCUGCUUCCCUGCAACCCACCUCACUCUCACGCCCAAGCCCAUCUGCAGCCCAUCAAGGCCCGCGGAUCCCACCAAGCGCCAUCGUACUCGGCCCACUCACUCUUUAUUCAGAUCUCGGACCGGUAAGUAUUCCGGCGGCGCCGCCGCCGGAGACGAGAUUGCCGAUGAGCCGACUUCGCCGACGGUCACUUGCGCCGGUCAGAUCAGAGUCCAACCGCGGUCUAGACCCGGUUCGAAAGCCAGCGCAAGCUCCUCGGGAAACAAUAAAGGCUGGCUGUCAGUGGUGGAAGAGAUGGGGAAACUGCAGAGCAAGAAGCCACUGAUGCAGUUCUUAGGCGCAUUUCGCAGCCUGCGAUUUGAUCUCCAUUGCUUCGGCUCAUUCCAUGGCGCCGUGGAGUCGUCAACGGACGGAGACGAUGGAGCUGGAGAAGAAGAAACAGAGGAAGAACCAGAGGAGGAUAAAAGUUCUGAAAUCAGUACCUCCAGAACCAUAUUCUCCAAGUGGUUCAUGUUACUGGAGCAGAACCAGAGCCAUGAACAAAAGAAGGAGAUGAAGAAGGAAGAUGGCAGAAAAGAGAUAGAAGACGAAGAGCUCGCUCCGCCGCCCAAUGCUCUGUUACUUAUGCGUUGCCGCUCUGCUCCGGCUGAAGGAAGAACAGCUACAGGACAAGCAGAAAAAGCUCUGGGUGCAGAAAUGGAUCUGGAGGACGAUAAGGAGAAGAAAGAAAGGGUUUUGCUGAUGAGUUAUGAUCCAAAUUUUGAUAAGUUGUCGACUGAGAUCUCGAAGGAAACAUGGAUUGUGGGCAGCUUGGAUCCGUUGACUAGAAGCAGGAGUUGGAAGAGGUGAAGAACACGAAGCUCACGUGGUAAUUGUGAUAUAAUAAUGCCUUCUUAAUAUAUUCGGUGUCUAAUAUUAGGCCGUCACAUGUCAAGUGAGUUUCACUGUUUUUAAUACUGAUUGUGUAUUACGAAGAGACCUACUUAACACGCGGCAUCUUAUCAUUGAACUCCGAAUGUAAAUUAUG